AUGGAUAUGAAGCGACGUGAUCUUGAACAAGCAUUUGCACGUUAUGGACAAUUAAAAUCAUUUGAUUACUCCAAUGGUGAUCCAAUAGCUGUGGUUUCUUAUAGUGACAUUGAACAUGCCAUAGCUGCACGUGCAAAAAUGACAGGUGUAACGCAGAUAGUCGAUGGACGAAAAGUACGAACUGAAUCGGGCCAAUCAGAUACAACUCGUCGAGCUGGUCUUCGAAUUGAUUAUCUCGACCAACCAACCGCUCGACGUUUCGUUAUCGUUCGUCCACAAGACAAUACAUCCAAACAGCGAACAUCUCGAUCAUCAUCUGCAUCAUCAGCUUCAUUAGAACGUUCUCGUUCACCGAAAGAUCGUCUUCGAUCAGUCUCUCGCGAUGAUGAACAAGAUGCAAGCAAAAAUUUCAAAAGACAAUCGCAUUCACGUUCGCCAGUUUCACCCGCAUCCGCGCCAUCGAAACGACGAACUCCAAGUCCAGUUGCACCUGUUGCUGGGCAAACAUUCUAUAGUCCAUAUGGUUCGUAUUUGUCGCCCGAUGAUACGAACAACAUCAACAAUGUUAAUGAACUCAUAACUUUAUGUGAAAAACUGAAUUCCAAGAUUAGAAAUACUCGACCUACUGCUUAUUCGGUUCAAUUUGUACUCAAAUCGCAUGCGUAUGAUGCACGUAUGCAUUUCCUUGCUGGAGAUUUGAAUUUCGCGAACGCUGUUCUCAGCCAAUCGAGUAGUUAUACAGAUGAUAAGAAAGCAUUGAACGUUACUCAAAGACUGCGUCUGGAUCCACUUAAGUUCGAUGAUUUAGAAAAGAAGAUUCGUACAAGUGUCAGCAAUUCAAUCUCCAGCGCCAAUGGGCAAUCAUCAUCUAGUAGUCGAAAGCAGUCAAGUCAAAUAACUUUCGCAAUUUUGGUUACUUCACCAACGGCGCAUUUGAUCAAUGUAAAUUCGGGUACUUCGAAACAACGUCGACCUAAUGGAAGAGGAAGAUCGCCCAAUCAUGCAUCGUCAUCCGAUGAAAAUGACGAACGUUCACAAUCGAAGAGAAAUACCGAUGGUCGUGUCGAUGACGAAUCGUCACUUUCUCAUUUGAUAACUUAUCUUGCAACGAAAGAAGCUGCUGGUGUCAUAUCGGUUCCAUUGCAUUCUCAGGAUCAAGAAAAGGCUGUUAUGAAUGUAUAUCCACCGUGUUUAUUCAGUAAAAAGCUUCUCCAAGUUAUGUGUCCAUCAAUGAGCUUUUCCAAUGGCCCACGUACACCACCAUCACGCCCAACAAUGACCGAUGGUGAACAUCUUCUAGUUGUUAUUACUAAUCAAUAUUAA